UUUACAACACGGUGUCGUGAAGCCGCUCUUCCCUCCAACACUGAAAACAGACAUUGUUUACACUUGUGUGGACGGACAAGUGUUAAUAUUGGUCUGUUAACGUGUCAGCGAAUGUCACAUGUGAACAAAUUAAUGAAUUCCUCCCCAUCAAGCCUCCCGGACUCUGACGAUGUCUGAUACUUGCAGCUCUGAACCUGCAGGAGCCAUCAAGGCUAUUGACAAGCACUCAGUGCAUCAGAUCUGCUCAGGACAGGUGGUGCUGACUCUGGCCACAGCCGUGAAAGAGCUGGUGGAAAACAGCAUUGAUGCAGGAGCCACAAACAUUGAUGUGAAGCUGAAGGAGUGCGGUGCUGAACAAGUGGAAGUGUCAGACAAUGGCAAAGGUGUGGAGGAGGCCAACUUUGAAGCACUGACACUGAAGCAUCACACGUCAAAGCUCAAGGAUUUCUCCGAUCUCAUCCACGUGGAGACGUUUGGCUUCAGAGGUGAAGCGCUCAGCUCUCUGUGUGCUCUGAGUGACCUGAGUGUGGUGACAUGCCAUGAGUCCAGCCAGGUGGGGACCAAGCUGGUGUUUGACCACAAAGGCCACGUGGUGCAGCGGACUCCCCAUCCCCGUCAGCCAGGCACCACAGUCAGCCUGCAGCAGCUCUUCUACACCCUGCCUGUUCGGCACAAAGAGUUCCAACGCAAUAUAAAGAAGGAGUACACCAAAAUGAUCCAUGUCCUGCAGUCGUACUGUAUCAUCUCCACAGGAGUGCGCAUCACCUGCUCCAACCAAAAUGAGAAGGGGAAACGCAGCACGGUGCUGAGCACCAGCGGAAGCCACAGCAUGAGAGACAACAUCGGAGCCAUAUAUGGACCAAAACAGCUCCAGAGUCUCCUCUCUUUUCAACAACUUUCCCCUGCAGAAAAUAUUAUUGAAGAAUAUGGACUGACAGAUGCAGAUCUUCCCAAACAGCUUUUCAACAUCACAGGGUUUGUGUCACGCGGGGACCAUGGCGUCGGGAGAAGCGCCACAGACAGACAGUACUUUUUUAUUAACAACCGACCAUGUGAUCCCCUCAAGGUGACCAAAGUUGUGAAUGAAGUGUAUCACAUGUAUAACAGACAUCAGUAUCCAUUUGUGGCCUUGAACAUAGCCGUCGCCUCAGAUUGUGUGGAUGUGAACGUAACCCCAGACAAACGACAGAUUCUACUUCAGGAGGAAAAGCUGUUGCUGGCUAUUCUAAAGACCUCUCUCAUCAGCAUGUAUGAGGCUGGGGUCAAUAAGAUCAGUCUGAACUAUAUGCACAUGCCCAGAACCAAUGCAACAUUGGAUGUAUGUCCAGUGGUCCAAUCUAAUGAGAACGUGCCACAACCUGCAGAAUCCAUGGAACCAGCGAUUCAGAGGCCAAAGUCCUCGUUGAACCUGGCCACCCUGAAAGCUGCGUUUUCAAGUCAUCACAGCUCCAGUUCUGGGAGCAAAUUAAACACGUCAAAAGCAGCCGGCAGCCGCCCAGCACAGACAACUCUGCAGUCGUUUUUAAAUUGUUCUGUAAAACCUUCUGCUUCCAGCCCAAGUGUGAAAUCUCCUUUGAAACCUGCUAAAGAUCUCGCUGAAUGUUCCUCAGUGGGAAAAUCGGCACUUGAAGGAUUCAGAUACAGACAGAUAUCGUGUGGGGACGCAGACCACGACAAAGACAGUGCUGUGUCCACUACAGCAGUCCCAGACGGUCGGUGUUCUGGCCUGGAGGUCAGUUCUCUGGAAGAAUUAGAAGAAACAGCAAUCAAUAGUCCGAAUGGUCCUGAAGCCCCAGCGUUACAAACUGAGCCGUGCACUUUAGGAGAGGACAUUGCUUUGAGCCCGGAUGCCAAGAGGGCCAGGAAAGAGAAUACAGCCGUCAAACCCAACAGUUUCUCAAACUGUUCUGUGGGACCAGCUUCCACCACAGUGGAUGCUCCAGGCUGCGUACAGAGGAGGACGGUGCCUCUGCAGUUCUCUCUACAAGAGCUUGAAGGGAAGUUAAAGAGGAUACAGGAGCGGCAGAGGCAGAACGUGGCUGAGGAGCUACGCUACAGGCGCUUCCGGGCCAAGAUCAACCCUGGAGAAAACCAAAGUGCAGAGGACGAGCUGAGCAAGGAGAUCAGUAAAGACAUGUUCAAAGAGAUGGAGAUCGUCGGUCAGUUUAACCUGGGCUUCAUUAUCACCAAACUCAACUCGGACCUCUUCAUGGUUGACCAACACGCCACAGAUGAGAAGUACAACUUUGAGAUGCUGCAGCAGCACACGGUGCUCCAAGGACAGAAACUCAUCGCCCCUCAGAAACUUCACCUCACUGCAGUCAGCGAGAACAUACUCUUGGAGAACAUUGAGAUUUUCAGAAAGAACGGCUUUGAGUUUCUGGUUGAGGAGGACGCUCAGGUGAUGGAGAGGGUGAAGCUGCUGUCUCUGCCCACCAGUAAGAACUGGACGUUCGGUCCAGCCGACAUCGAGGAGCUGGUCUUCAUGUUGAGCGACAGCCCAGGAGUCAUGUGUCGGCCAUCCAGAGUCCGACAGAUGUUUGCCUCCAGAUCAUGUCGCAAAUCUAUCAUGAUCGGCACAGCUCUGAGUGUCAGCGAGAUGAAGAAGCUGGUGGUUCAUAUGGGGGAAAUCGAGCAUCCGUGGAACUGUCCUCACGGCAGACCCACCAUGAGACACCUCAUCAACCUGGACAUCAUCUCACAAGACUGACCAGAAUGACGAGGAAGGAACAGACUGAACGCAGUCAUUUCACUCCAGUUUAUCCCUGUUCAGCCUCCCCCUCACUGACGCACUGAAGACCUGAGUCCAAACUAUAGAUAUUGUAAAUCAGUUUUAUUCAAAUGCUUUGUAUUCCCAGAUUUCCUGUGUUUGAUCCGUGUUUUUGUAUAUAUUAUGUGUAUUUUACGCCACAGAAAUAAUUGUUUUUUAUAAAAUAAACAACAUAUAUUCUU